GGACAGAGGGAGGACAUGGCGGCGGGCGGCCCGGCCGUCGGAGCAGCAGCAGCAGCGCCGGGCGCUGCGGGGGUAGCGGCCGCGCUGGCGGCCGUGGCUGCCGCUCCGGGCGGCGGCGGCGUAGGAGGAGGCGGCGGCGGCGGUGCUGGUGCUGCUGUUGUUGCUGCUGGUGGUGGUGGUGGAGCAGCAGCAGCUGCAGGGGCAGGAGGAGGUAUCGGAGUUCUUGGAGGAGCAGCAGCAGCAGGAGGAGGAGGAGCAGCAGCCGCAGUCGCUGCAGCCGCAGCCGCCGCCGCUGCAGCAGCCGCGGCCUCCGGCAUUUACAGGGAGCCCGUGUAUAAUUGGCAGGCCACGAAGACGACGGUGAAGGAGCGCUUCGCCUUCAUGUUCAACAACGAGGUGCUGAGCGACGUGCACUUCCUCGUGGGCAAGGGGCUUGGCUCGCAGCGCAUCCCCGCGCACAAGUUCGUGCUCUCCGUGGGUAGCGCCGUCUUCGACGCGAUGUUCAACGGCGGCAUGGCCACCACCUCGUCGGAGAUCGAGCUGCCCGACGUGGAGCCUGCCGCUUUCCUCUCGCUGCUCAAGUUCCUAUACUCGGACGAGGUGCAGAUCGGGCCCGAAACUGUCAUGACAACUCUGUACACGGCCAAGAAGUAUGCGGUUCCUGCGUUAGAGGCACACUGCGUGGAAUUCCUCAAGAAGAACCUCCGCGCAGACAACGCGUUCAUGCUUCUCACGCAGGCCCGGCUGUUUGAUGAGCCUCAGCUGGCCAGUCUCUGUCUGGAAAAUAUCGACAAAAACACGACGGAUGCUAUAAAUGCUGAAGGAUUUACAGAUAUUGAUCAGGAUACACUGGUGGCCGUGCUGGAGAGGGACACGCUGGGACUGCGGGAGAGCCGGCUCUUCAGCGCUGUUGUGCGCUGGUCGGAGGCGGAGUGCCAGCGGCAGCAGCUGCCUUCCACGCCCGAGAACAAACGGCAGGCACUGGGAAAAGCCCUCAACCUUAUCCGUUUCCCCAUCAUGACAAUUGAGGAGUUCGCUGCUGGCCCGGCACAGUCGGGGAUCCUCACCGAUCGUGAAGUGGUCAGCCUUUUCCUGCACUUCACGGUGAACCCCAAACCACGCGUUGAUUAUAUCGACCGGCCGCGCUGCUGCCUGCGUGGGAAGGAGUGCUCCAUCAAUCGCUUCCAGCAGGUGGAGAGCCGCUGGGGCUAUAGUGGCACCAGCGACCGUAUAAGGUUUACCAUGAACAGGCGAGUGUUUGUCGUUGGAUUUGGCCUCUAUGGCUCCAUCCACGGCCCCACAGACUACCAAGUCAACAUCCAGAUGCUGCACACGGAGAGCAACACUGUUCUGGGGCAGAACGACACAGGUUUCAGCUGCGAUGGCUCCGCCAACACCUUUCGUGUCAUGUUCAAGGAACCCAUAGAGAUCCUGCCCAACGUCAACUAUACGGCCUGUGCCACCCUUAAGGGUCCGGACUCGCACUAUGGCACCAAGGGACUCCGCAAGGUGAUUCACGAGUCCCCCACUACGGGCUGCAAGACCUGCUUCACGUUCUGCUACGCGGCGGGCAACAACAAUGGCACGUCGGUGGAGGACGGUCAGAUCCCAGAGAUCAUCUUCUACACGUAAAGGCCAAACGGGGGGAAAAAAAAUCCUACUGCUGGCUCGGUCGUCGUCUUUACGUUGUUUUUCAAUAUUUCUGACCAGAGCACGAUUCGUUUAUUUUCCAUCGCCAUCUUUGUCGUUAAUGCCGGACGGGCCAAUUGGUGCAAGAGCCCAAGGUUCUCGCUUCCGGUAUCCCCCCCCACAACCUCUUCCAGAGAGGGAUCUUUAGGCAGGAAGACCUACGGGGUAGCCAUUACGGACGAACUCCAAUGUUGCAGGCGUCAAGACAACCUGGCUUGAGCUUUAACGCAUGUAGAAACGCUACCUGAUUUUCCAAGCGGUAGUUUUGUGCGGAGGGUUUUUCAUGAGUUUUGAGUGGGGAGUUGUGACAUGCUACCGUUCCGUCCGUGAAAUCCAACUGAGGACUUUGUGGCUUCCUGCAUUAUACCGGUCUUUUGUGCAGCGCUCGAAUUUCUCACUCACGCCACUGCUGGUGGAAGGGCCUCCAUUCAAGGGAGCUCUAGAGACCCUUUCUGGAGGGUAUUUGGCCCACUGUUCCACGCCGAUCAAUGUAAUAGGUCUCAAUUAGUGCACCAACUACAGUUUUGUCACAUUGCCACUCGCAAAACGCUGCCGCCGGUAGUUUGCUGCAAGUUCACUAGAAUGCCUGUACCUGGUUAGUGCGAGCAGCACUGAGCGAUCACACGCAGAAGUGCAUUCCUGCCCCCCCACAGUCCAAAACUGUAAUAUUCACAUAGCACUUGGUGUUCUAAGUUCUUGCACUUGACUUUUUAAUGUGGCAGCAGCGCGCAGCUUGGAGCGCCUGCACAAAUCGGGGGCGCAGAAUCUGCACACUGGUCAGAACGCGCGUUGGGCUCGCAGCAGGGGAUCACUCGGUGGCAAGUCGCCGCUACAACCACCCACACUGGUUUUAACGCUGGGAAAAUGUCGAAAGAGCAGUAAAUCUGGAAUACCUCAUGACGUACAAUCAUAUACAGGGUUACGAAACUGAAGAGCUCUGCUGCCAAGGGUGCAACAUUUCCUGUGUAAUAGAUUCAUGGCGUGUUCUCUUAGCUCUGUUAGUGAGUUUAGUUUAUUUUUGGAUUCAUCAGUAGUGACUGGUAGGGAGGAAUGUAGCAGUGUUUGGCGAGGCGAUGAAUUGUCAAUUAACAUGAAAAGGAAUCCUGAGGUGCGAGUCUUCUAAGAAGCGUGUAAUGUAGCAGUUUGUUUUUAUAAUUGCAGUCGAAGGUUGUUAAAGCGCUGUCGCAUUUUACCCACAAUUUGCUUGCAAUUGAAUUGCAGUAAAUAUGACUGGACUUGCAAAAAUUAGUGCAAGCUUCUGCCAAAGUAGCCACACAAUUCAUUAUUAUUCCUAAAUGUUUUAUAUGUACAAUGAACUAAUUAAAAUGGGACUGCCUUCUUUAAGCAAAAAAGACAGCCAUGCUGUUGAUAAGUAAAUAUGUGCAGAUGUUUAAUGUGCAGAUGUUUAAUGUAAGGCCAGUAUUAAUUCUGAUAAUGGAGCUUAAUUUCCAUUCUUGCAUUCGUUGUCUCUUAAAUAUAUAACUGAUUUCCGCUGGAUUGAGUGAUGACAAAACUGCAUUGCAAAAUCUGUAGAAUUUUAUUUAAAACUGCAAAAGUUUAAUUAUGAAUCAUGCUAUUUUAACCGUAGUGUUAACAGAUGUUUGUGCAAGUUUGGGGUCUUUCUAAAACCUGAACAGUGUAAUUGUGAUCACACAUCAAUGGACAGUGCUUAUCAGUUUGGUUGGUAAAAACAUUACAAAAGAGAAAAAUUACACACGAGGUGUUGGCUGCGUUGCCCUUCGGCACAUUAUGGCAGUCGUGUUAAUGACAUUCAGUUUUGCAUGUGGAAAAGUGCAGUGACAGUGGUCCAUUAAAGGCUUGUUGAGCAGAUGCUAAUUGUGAAGUUUUCAACCAAAUGUGAGUGAUUUAUAAAGUGAGGAUUAACUAGCUGCAAACUCGCGAUAAGUUCUCGUGCCCAACUAUAUUUGCGAAUUAGUUUCUAAUUACAUUUAUUAGCAGAUUGAAAGACCCUGUACAUAUCAUUUUGCUUUCUUCUGUGUUCGCAAGUAGAAAUGUGAUUGGAAUGUUGGAGCACGUUUUUAUGGCAAAAAAGCAGGGUAGGGUUAGGAAAUUGGUGAAAGCAAUAGUUUUAGGAGGACGCGAUGAUUUAACAUUUUGCGCAUAACCUGCCGCUUUCGUGUCGCACAGUUGCAGUCCUUUGUGGACUGUUUAAGCGUUUUCAGGCCUUUGUACUAUUUUGUUUUUAUGCUUGAACAUCAGCCCAGCUUGUAUGUACUGCAGCCGCACCUAUUUAAUGGCCACGGCCAUCAUUGUUAAUGCACGACAUGCAGUUGAUUUACAUUUCGUUAUAGAUUUUCAUAAAAUAUGGAAGCCCCAUUAUCACGAAUGGACUAAGAUGACAAGUGAAAAUUUACUCAGCUGUAUGUCAACUUCGAUGAUAGGUUAAAUGCAUCUGAUUUCAGCUAUCACGUGAUCAUAAUAAAAAAUAAUACAUGAAUGGUUGUCAAACAAAGCUUGAAAUGAUAUAUGUAAAAUGUAAGAAAAUUUGCGUGUCUGCACUUUACUGAUAAAGGUGAUGUAUAAUGCUUUGCUUGAUUUGUUUUCUCCCCGAGUUGUACAGUAAAGGCAGAAACUGAUAAAACAAGAAAAAUUGAAAAAAGAAACAUAAAAA